AUGUCUUACCAACCGCCCUACCAGCAACCUUCGGAUGACGACGCUCUUGCUUACGGAGAUGACUACUCUAGUUCUCGAGGCAGCGGUGGUCUACAAGGAACCGAGAAGUCGAUCCUUGGAGACACAUUUCGAAAAUUCAAGUCCGAAUAUGACAAGUACAAGACCCCUUCAUCCCAAAACUAUGGCUACACUAGCUCUGGUACGUCUCAGCAAUACUAUGGUCAGCAGAGUUCCUCUGGUACGUCUCAGCAAUACUAUGGCCAGCAGAGUUCCUCAACUGGCUACCCUCAACCCGGCCAGUCCGGUCAAUCGGCAUAUCCGGGAGGGCCGCCUCCGCAACAGCCGCAAGGAAAGCCUGAUCUAGGUACAAAGCUCUUGGGGACUUUACACGGUACCAUCCACAGUAUCGGGUCCGACCUUGUAAAUCUGCUCGGCCCUGAAGGAAAACCUACACCGUAUUCUAAUCAACCGGUCGGACAACAGCCACAGGGGCAAAGUGCUCCCCCAGGCUAUUCCAACCUAUCGGCCUCCCCGAGUCUGCCUCAAGGCCAGAAUCGGUUCGACAGCUUUGCAUCAGAAAAGCCGGGCAACGAUGUCAAGUGGUACGUCGAUGGAUGCGGAUACUUCUGGGCUGUCAGUCAAGCUCUGGAAUCAGCAAGACAGUCAAUCUGGAUUCUCGAUUGGUGGUUAACACCAGAAGUCUACCUUCGUCGCCCUCCUUCUCAGAACGAGCAAUGGAGACUGGAUCGAACCCUUCAGAGGGCUGCUCAGCGUGGCGUCAAAGUCAACAUUAUCGUCUACAAAGAAGUAACACAAGCUUUGACUUUGUCCUCGGCCCACACCAAACACGAGCUCGAGAAACUGUCGCCCAACAUUUCUGUCUUUCGUCAUCCAGACCACCUUCCCGACGCUCAAACCGCCCAUUCGUCCUUGCUUUCGUCUUUCCAAAACCUCAAGCUCGAUGCUGCCGGGGUCUCUAAGCUCGGGACGGACGCUCUGAAAGGAAUCUAUGGGCUGGAUGACGAUGUCAUCUUGUACUGGGCGCACCACGAGAAGUUAUGUUUGGUCGACGGCACAAUUGCAUUCAUGGGUGGGUUAGACCUUUGUUUCGGACGGUGGGACACGAACCAACAUGCCAUUGCGGAUGCCCAUCCCUUGAACGUCAAUGACAUCGUCUUCCCCGGCCAGGAUUACAAUAAUGCCAGAGUCAUGGAUUUCAGUGACGUUGCGAAUCCUUUCCAGAACAAGCUCGAUAGAACAAAAAGUUCCAGAAUGGGAUGGUCCGACGUUGCAUUGUCUUUGCAGGGACCUUGCGUUCAAGAUCUUCGUCACCAUUUCAUCGAUCGGUGGAAUUUCAUCUUCGAGGAAAAAUACAAUGUCCGGAAAGAUGCACGUUAUUCUCGAAUCGUCGACGAGUACCCGCAUCCUCCGGCUGGCCCUGGACAGCGUCCCCAGUCUCGUCCACAGUCACAAGGACACCUUCAGCCCCCUGCUCCGAGUGGCGCCUUUCCACCGCCGCCAGGUAGCCAGCCAUAUGCCCCACCUGCAUGGCAUAGCACGAGCAGGCCACAUACUCCGACCGGAGAUUUAUAUCAGAAUCAGGCAAGCACUGUGCCUGGAACUCAGCUAGGGAUACCCGGUGCCCCUCCAAGUCCGUCGCCUCAAAGCACAUAUUCUCAACCGUCGAAUCCCCAAACUUCUUAUGCUCAGCCUUCAGCCGCUACGAGCGCAUACCUUCCGGUCUCUAGCCCUACACAGCUGGGAACAUUUAGCCAGCCCGCUGUUGUAGGUGAUCACCUCCCGAAUCCGUAUCUCCAACAAAACUUCCCUCCCCCACCUCCAGGUCCUCCUCCCCAACUGUCACCGUCACCAUCGCCAUCACCAGGACCUGGUCAUGUUUACACGGGAUACCAACCGCCGACCAAUCCACUGCCAACAUAUGCACCAUACAGCCAACCAGCCGCGGAGCUCUCAACUCAGCACACACCAAGCCAACCUUACCAACCUCAGCCAUACCAACAGCAAACGUCGCCACCCCCAUACAGCCAACCAUACCAGCCACAGACAUAUCAACAACCCGGCACGGAGCAGAAUCGAGGAAUUGACGACUAUGCCACGGGGGAGAAUCGCGGUUUUGAUGACUAUGGCUACGGUGAUGAAGGAGCACGAGGCGUUGGUGGUGAACGAGGUCUUCGCAGUAGAGUGGACCAAUAUCGAACCGAGGGGAAACUCAUUGGUCAGGAACUCUCCUCCAUCAGUAACCUCGUCUCCACCGGCGUGGAAGGCAGGCUGCACCAUAUCCAGGGCAAAUAUCUGGGAGCAACCGAUUCUUACGGCCGCCCUUACAAUCAGCGUCGCGGUGUCAUGACCUGCCAGCUGCUCCGGAGCUGUACAAAAUGGAGUAACGGAACUCCACUUGAGCACUCCAUCCAGAAUGCUUACAUUGACGUGAUCCGGAACAGCCAACAUUUCGUCUACAUUGAGAAUCAGUUUUUCAUCACCGCCACUGGUGACAAACAGAAACCGGUGCAGAACUUGGUGGGCCAGGCCAUUGUCGAGCGGGUUCUACGCGCCGCCAAGAAUGGCGAGAAGUACAAAGUUAUCGUGGUAAUCCCAGCAGUGCCGGCCUUUGCUGGCGACCUUCGAGACGAUGGAUCCUUGGGAACCCGUGCCAUUAUGGAAUUCCAGUACUUCAGCAUUAACCGUGGAGGACACUCCAUAAUGGAAAAGAUCGCACAAGCCGGGUAUAAUCCUAUGGAUUACAUUCGGUUUUACAAUCUCCGGAACUAUGACAGGAUUAAUUGUGGCGAUUCGAUGAAACAAGCCCAACAGCAGAGCGGUGUGAGAUACGAAGAUGCCCGUAGAGAGCAUGACGACGUGGUAGGCGCUGGUUAUGGAGCUUCCGGGGAGAGGACUGGAGCAACACAAAUGGGACAAGCGUCACACUAUCAGCAAUAUCAAUCUGCUGCACAUAACAUGUCGGCACCAUUAGGCGGUCGUUGGGACAGUGUUUCAGAGUGUUAUAUGCUCGGAGGUCAAGACAUUCGCACCGUGCCCUGGGAUGGACCACCCGAGGCAGAGUUGGACGCAUUUGUCAGUGAGGAAUUGUACGUCCAUUCAAAAUGUCUGAUUGCAGAUGAUCGUGUUGUCAUUUGUGGUUCAGCCAACUUGAACGAUCGAAGUUUGCUGGGCUCACACGACAGCGAAAUUGCUCUCUUGAUCGACGACCCCACACCCGUACAAACGUAUAUCGGAGGGCAGCCGUAUCAAGCCAGCCGGUUCGCGGCCUCGUUAAGGCGGUCGUUGAUGCGGAAACAUCUUGGUCUUGUACGACCUCAAGACGUGCGGAGACCCGACGCAAACUACGAGCCCGUGGGGGUGCCGAACGUGUAUGACUGGGGUUCUCCUGAAGACAAUGUCGUCUCUGAUCCCUUGAGCGACACGUUCCAGAGUCUCUGGAACUCUCGAGCGCGGACAAACACCGACGCCUUCCGAAAGGCAUUCCGAGCCGUCCCCGAUGACUACGUCACUACGUGGGCAGAAUACAAGGAGUUUUAUGAGUACUUCUACCAUUCUGAUCCCAAAGCUGUUGGCAAGGAAGGGGUCAAAAUACCUCCGCGGGUUGAGUAUGGCCAUGUGGUCCGAGAGGAUUUUCCGGGUGGUGUUCGUGAACUCAAGGAACUAUUGAGUCAAGUCAAGGGCACUUUGGUGGAGAUGCCUUUAUGCUUCUUGCAAAAUGAAGACAUUGCUAAAGAAGGACUGACUUUGAAUGCACUGACGGAAGAGAUAUACACCUGA